AUGUUGUGUAGUAACAGUGAAAAUACUGUUCCUCAGCUCUUGGUGGAUUUCUGGGAAGCUCUUCUUGUAGUGUGCUCUCAGGAGGAAAUACUUCAGGAGCUUUUAUUGAGGGUUACAUCUCAGUAUGUUUGGAGAAUAUCAAAGAAGCAACUUCCUGAGACUAAGCCAUUGAAGACAACAGAGGAUCUGAUAAACUCCUGCAGUCAUUUUGGGUUGAUUUUCCCAUGGGUAACUACCAUAAUGUCAGUGGGAUCUCCAUCUGAAAAAGAUUACCAUGAAGAUACCUCAAAACUACAGUCUCUUUUAUGUAGCCAGACAAUCAAUACAGCUUCAGCUCUGCCCAUCUUGGAGCCUCUGACAGAGGCUGGCAAUGUUGGCCUCACCAUCUGUGUUCUCUGCAAUACCCGUCUAGGCAAGUAUGAGGAAGCCAUUGACCAGCUUCUCAAAAGGUGUCCUGAUGCAGCUGUAUUAUAUGCUCAGCACGAGCUGAAAGAUGACAGUCGGGCUUUGUGGUGGAACAAGCUGCUUCCUGAACUUUGCAAGAGAACCAGACUUACUGGAAAUGACUGCCCUGUUCUUAUUUCAUUGCUGAAAGAAACUUUAUCAGUUGUUGCAAUGGAACUGGAACUAAGGGAUUUCCUCAGUCUUCUACCAGAGGAUGGAACUGCAGCAUUUUUCCUGCCUCAUCUUCUUCACUGCAGCCAGAGGAAGCUGCUGACUUAAAGCAAUGAAAGUCUACUGUGCACCCAAAUACAAAGAAUGUGCUGGAAUGAAAAAAUUAAAUGAAACAAACAGUAGAACUCCAUGUA